GGGGCGGGCGCUAAGAUACGUGGCUUAGCGCGCGCUGGGGGAGGGGAAGUUCGGGGUCAAGGAGCAAACCCAGCACAAGAUGGCGGCGGUAGCGGCAGUGGCAGCGCAUAGGAGGCGGUCUUGGGCAGGUCUGGUACUGGCUUGUUUUGGGUUCUGCCUAGGGAUUACCCUUGCUGUGGAUAGAAGCAACUUUAAGACCUGUGAAGAGAGUUCCUUCUGCAAGCGGCAGCGAAGCAUACGACCAGGCCUCUCUCCAUACCGAGCCUUGCUGGAUUCUCUGCAGCUUGGUCCUGAUGCCCUCACAGUCCAUCUGAUUCAUGAGGUUACCAAGGUGUUACUGGUGUUGGAGCUCCAGGGGCUUCAAAAGAACAUGACUCGGAUAAGGAUCGAUGAGCUGGAGGCCCGGCGGCCCCGAUACCGUGUGCCAGAUGUUUUGGUGGCUGAUCCUCCCACAGCUCGGCUUUCUGUCUCUGGCCGUGAUGACAACAGCGUGGAGCUAACGAUGGCUGAGGGACCCUAUAAAAUCAUCUUGACGGCCCGGCCGUUUCGCCUUGAUCUGCUAGAGGACCGCAGCCUUCUGCUCAGUGUCAAUGCUCGAGGACUGCUGGAAUUUGAGCAUCAGAGGGCCCCCAGGGUCUCUUUCUCGGAUAAAGUUAGUCUCACGCUCGGUAGCAUGUGGGAUAAGAUCAAGAACCUUUUCUCUAGGCAAGGAUCAAAAGACCCAGCUGAGGGCGAUGGGGCCCAGCCCGAGGAAACACCUGGGGAUGGUGACAAGCCAGAGGAGACCCAGGGGAAGGCAGAAAAAGAUGAGCCAGGAGCCUGGGAGGAGACAUUCAAAACUCACUUUGACAGCAAGCCAUAUGGCCCCAUGUCUGUGGGUUUAGACUUCUCGCUGCCAGGCAUGGAGUAUGUGUAUGGGAUCCCUGAGCAUGCAGACAACCUGAGGCUGAAGGUCACUGAGGGGGGAGAGCCAUAUCGUCUCUACAAUUUGGAUGUGUUCCAGUAUGAGCUGUACAACCCCAUGGCCCUGUAUGGAUCUGUGCCUGUGCUCCUGGCGCAUAACCCUCAGCGUGACUUGGGCAUCUUCUGGCUCAAUGCCGCAGAGACCUGGGUGGAUAUAUCCUCCAACACUGCGGGGAAGACCCUGUUUGGGAAGAUGCUGGACUACCUGCAGGGCUCUGGGGAGACCCCACAGACGGAUGUUCACUGGAUGUCAGAGAGUGGCAUCAUCGAUGUCUUCCUGAUGCUUGGGCCCUCCAUCUCUGACAUCUUCCGUCAGUAUGCUAGUCUCACAGGGACCCAGGCAUUGCCCCCACUCUUCUCCCUCGGCUACCACCAGAGCCGCUGGAACUACCGGGACGAGGCUGAUGUACUAGAAGUGGAUCAGGGCUUCGAUGAUCACAACCUGCCCUGCGAUGUCAUCUGGCUGGACAUCGAACAUGCUGAUGGCAAGCGGUACUUCACCUGGGACCUCAGCCGCUUCCCUCAGCCCCUUACCAUGCUCAAGCAUUUGGCCUCCAAGAGACGGAAGCUAGUGACCAUUGUGGACCCCCACAUCAAGGUGGUCUCUGGCUACCGAGUUCACGAAGAGCUGCAGAACCUGGGGCUAUACGUUAAAACUCGGGAUGGCUCUGACUAUGAAGGCUGGUGCUGGCCAGGCUCAGCUGGUUACCCUGACUUCACUAAUCCCGCGAUGAGGGCCUGGUGGGCUAACAUGUUCAGCUUUGACAAUUACGAGGGCUCAGCUCCCAACCUCUAUGUCUGGAAUGACAUGAAUGAACCGUCUGUGUUCAAUGGUCCUGAGGUCACCAUGCUCAAAGAUGCUCGGCAUUAUGGGGACUGGGAGCACCGGGAUGUGCAUAACAUCUAUGGUCUCUAUGUGCAAAUGGCGACUGCUGAUGGGCUGACACUGCGCUCCGGGGGUGUAGAACGCCCCUUUGUCCUGAGCAGGGCUGUCUUCUCUGGCUCCCAGCGCUUUGGAGCCGUGUGGACAGGGGACAACACUGCUGAGUGGGACCAUUUAAAGAUCUCUAUCCCUAUGUGUCUCAGCUUCGGACUGGUGGGACUUUCCUUCUGUGGGGCGGAUGUGGGCGGCUUCUUCAAAAACCCAGAGCCAGAGCUGCUUGUACGCUGGUACCAAAUGGGUGCCUACCAGCCAUUCUACCGGUCACAUGCCCACAUGGAUACUGGGCGGCGGGAGCCAUGGCUGUUACCAUCUCAGUACCAUGACAUAAUCCGAGAUGCCUUGGGCCAGCGAUAUUCCUUACUGCCCUUCUGGUACACCCUCUUCUAUCAGGCGCAUCGUGAAGGGAUUCCUGUCAUGAGGCCUCUUUGGGUGCAGUAUCCUCAGGAUGUGACCACUUUCAGUAUAGAUGAUCAGUUCCUGCUUGGGGAUGCAUUGCUGGUUCACCCUGUGUCAGAUUCUGGGGCCCAUGGUGUGCAGGUCUAUCUGCCUGGCCAAGGGGAGGUGUGGUAUGACAUUCAAAGCUACCAGAAGUAUCAUGGUCCCCAGACCUUGUACCUGCCUGUAACUCUAAGCAGUAUCCCUGUGUUCCAGCGUGGAGGGACAAUUGUGCCUCGAUGGAUGCGAGUACGGCGUUCUUCAGAGUGUAUGAAGGAUGACCCCAUCACUCUCUUCGUUGCACUCAGCCCCCAGGGUACAGCCCAAGGAGAGCUCUAUCUGGAUGAUGGGCACACGUUCAGCUAUCAGACUCGUCAUGAGUUCCUGCUGCGUCAGUUCUCAUUCUCUGGCAACACACUUGUCUCCAGCUCAGCAGACCCCAAAGGCCACUUUGAAACACCAAUCUGGAUUGAGCGGGUGGUGAUAAUAGGGGCUGGAAAGCCAGCAGCUGUGGUACUCCAGACAAAAGGAUCUCCUGAAAGCCGCCUGUCCUUCCAGCAUGACCCUGAGACCUCUGUGUUGGUCCUGCGUAAGCCUGGUGUUAAUGUGGCAUCCGACUGGAGUAUUCACCUGCGAUAACCCAAGGGAUGUUCUGGGUUGGGGGGAGGGAUGCAGUGGUGAUGAGAAUUAAUCUUUUUCUGCCUUGGAAUUUGAUCCUCCCCAGACUUCACCUUUCUUAUCCCAAGACCCGAUGCUACCAGCAUCUGGGCAGGAUGACAGGGCUGUCUCUGGGCUCCAAAUUCCCCUUGUGAUCUCCUGACCUUUCCCACUUUGUUGAUACCAUGCCUUUCCCUUUAUUACCUCAGCAUUCAGUUGCUCUAACUAGAGCACGUUCACUUGUGAAGACCUGGGGACCACAGGGCCCUUGCCUCCGCUUCUCUUUCCCUUCAUUGGGAGCCCUGAAUCUCCCCCAGACCGUAUCCAUUAUGCCUCCUGUGUAUUGAUACCAUUUCUCAGACAAAGAUGAGGGCAAUGAGCUUUAGGGCUUCUUUCCUUCUUCCCCUUCCAUCCCCACCAAACUGCUCUCCCUUUAUUUCUUCCUCCUGGCUCUACCCUGUCAGCCCUCCCCUUUUUAUGCUCCCCUUUUUAUGCUACGCGGAUACACUGGGACCACCCCUUACCUGAUAAGGGACGAAUGGAUCAAAGGAGCAAUCUUUCCCUCUCCCUGAUUGCUUUUAGAGCUGCUGCAGUUCCGACAGGGGCAGUUCUACCUACCCUGUCCCUUGGGGGAAAGAAGUUUCCACACCUCCUUAAGAGGGAAUGGACAUUAAACUUCUUUUGCCCCCUUCACAACUCCUUGAGGGGCAUUCAAGAUGGGUAAAUCAUUCGUGGUUUCAUUGAAUCACGGUCACCUGUAUUUAUUGCUGGGAGGAAGCUGAGGGUGGGGGGAGAUGAUCAUGUGUGCCUAAGGUUGGC